AUGCUUCGUACGAAAGUUCAUAUUGUAAUCAGUGCAAUCGGCGCUAUUCUUGGAAUAUCAGCUUUUAUUUGUUUCUGCCUUGUUUACGCUAAUGUUGAAGCUGGUAUGUGGGCGUUGUUAUCAAGUCUACAUGCAAGUCUUAACCUGAUGUUACAUUGCCACUACCUUAAAGAGUCUCUUCAUGUCAAUUUCUCACGGAAAGCUAUACAGUAUAUAGGAGAUUGUGGAAUUGUAGGCUUUGCCUCAGGGGCUGCUCUGACAAUUUUCUACAUCUUUCUAGAAAUCUAUUACCAAGCAGAUGUUCUGCCUAUUCGGACAAGUAUCAUUAUUCGGUUGGUCUGGUCUUUCAUGAUGAUGAAAUGGGGCUUGAUGCUGUACUGCACGACUAGGCAGUACCUCAAGACUUACAAUGACCACCAACUGUUCUCAGAGAAUCCCAAUGUUGAAGAUACAUAA